CACCCGCCUUCUCUGACUCCCUGACGAGCAGCGUCCUCUCCUGAGUCCUGACUCCUCCCAGUCCCAGCUCCCCUCUGAACACGAACAAAAGAAGACUCCUUUUGCGGUCAAUAGAUCGGAAUCACAUUGGAAAAGACGGAGAAUUUAGCUGCACGCACCCACACACCCAUCCAGCAUACGCGAUCUCGCCCAACUCCUGCGGUUUCACUGCUUGCAGCUGCUCGUCAGCUAGGCGGCGGCAACAAUCAAGAGAACAGGAGAGGGAAGAACUCGCGUGCCUGUCAGCCUGUGGAGUUCUUCAGGAAGAGUCAUGGAGAUGGAGCUGUGGAGGAGAUGGGUUGGCGUGGAGCUCAGGCAGUACGAGUAGUUCUUAGCGCGCGCAAACGACAUGCCGUUUUGAAGUCUCGAAGCAGGGAUGGUCCCGGACGCGAGAGGCGUCGGCGGCGAGGCGCAUGAGAUCGUCGAGGUCGUCGGCGAGCCCAGCACGCCGUCGUCGACAAUGCGGCUGAUGGACUUCAUACCAAUCUACAUUCCGACGGUGGAGAGAGGCGCGCUGAGCCAGAGCGUGCGCAAGAGGCGGUUUCUGGACUUCCUCCGCGCCCACCCGUCCAGGGACUGGUUCCUCCGGUCAACCUUCGUCGGCCGCCUCCGCCGCCGGGGCCAGGCGGCGUCAGGGGAGGACGACGAGGCGGGCGUCUCCGACGGUGGCCGCCGGCCGCGGAGGAGGUUCCGCGUGCCGUUCGUGCGGAAGAUCAAGUGGGGCAAGCUGUGGAGCUACGCGGUGAGCUGGUGCAGGAAGCCCGAGAACUUCGCCAUGAUCAUCUGGCUGGCGUUCGUCGCGGCGGGGCUGCUGAUGCUGUUCAUGCUCAUGACCGGCAUGCUCGACGGCGCCAUCCCCGACGACGAGCGGCGGAAGAAGUGGACGGAGGUGAUCAACCAGAUCCUCAACGCGCUCUUCACCAUCAUGUGCCUGUACCAGCACCCCAAGAUCUUCCACCACCUCGUGCUGCUCCUCCGGUGGCGCCCCGGUGCCGGCGGCGACCGCGAGGAGGUCCGGAAGGUGUACUGCAAGGACGGCGCGCCGCGGCCGCGCGACCGCGCGCACAUGCUCGUCGUGGUCGCGCUGUUGCACGCCACCUGCCUGGCACAGUACUUCUGCUGCGCUCUGUUCUGGAGCUACGCGCGCACGGACCGGCCAGACUGGGCUCUCAACAUCGGCUACGGGCUUGGCACUGGCUGCCCCGUCAUCGCCGGCCUCUACGCGGCAUACGGCCCACUGGGGCGGAAGCAGCACCAGCACGACGAUCCCGAGGCGGAGUCGUCGGCCGUGCAGGGCGAUGGCAGCCGGCCGCCGGAGAACGGCCGCGAGGUGGAGAUCAAGAUAUACAACCGGCGCGUGGUGGUGAGCAGCCCCGAGUGGAGCGGCGGGCUGUUCGACUGCUGCGACGACGGGACGGUGUGCGCGCUGUCGGCGACGUGCACGUUCUGCGUGUUCGGGUGGAACAUGGAGCGCCUCGGGUUCGGGAACAUGUACGUGCACGCCUUCACCUUCAUCCUGCUCUGCGUCGCGCCAUUCCUCAUCUUCAGCGUGACGGCGCUCAACGUCCACGACGACGACAUCCGCGACACCGUCGUCUCCGUGGGCGUGCUCCUGGGCCUGUGCGGCUUCCUCUACGGCGGUUUCUGGCGGACGCAGAUCCGGAAGCGGUACAAGCUGCCGGCCUCCUCCGGCUGCUGCGGCGCCGGCGCCGGCGUCAGGGGGCACGCGUGCCGCGCCGCGGCAGGCGACUGCGCCAGGUGGCUCUUCUGCUGGAGCUGCGCGCUGGCGCAGGAGGUGCGCACCGCCAACUUCUACGACGUGGAGGACGACCGGUUCGUGUUCCACGGCGCGCGCAACGAGGACGGCCGCGCCGUGCUGGUGCCGCUGCCGCGGGAGGCCUCCACCGCCACGACGCACUCCCGGAGCCUGUCGUGCCCGCCCAAGAUCGACGCCGUGGCGGCGCUCAACGGCGAGAACCCGCUGGACCUGCAGAUGGCGGCCAUCAACAUGGAGAGGUCGGCCACGUACGGCGGCGACCACCACCACGCCAUGCGCCCGCCGGUGCCCCCACUGAUGCAAAUGGACCAUGAAUAGUGGCACAUACGGAAUAGUGAGGCGAAGCCAUCUAAAAGCAUCGCCGGGGUCGUCCCCAUUGCAUAGCGUAAAAAAAAUGGAUCAGAACAGUGUUUUAGUGUUUUAGUAGAGAUUUUAGGGAUUUCGUUAGGGUCGUCGGACUCACAUACGGUAGUAUAUGCUAGCAUACGUAUGGAAGGUUGUCGCCUACUCGUAUAGUCGUAUUGCAGAUUGUACUAAAGAUGGUUCUUAUACUUAUACAUACGGAUUCGUUUUUUUGGUAAAAAGAGGAUGGGUA